GACCGCUGUGGUUUUACAAAACCCUACCCCUAUCCUCCUCCCCCUCUUAAUUCCCACCGCCGCUCUACCCCUAUCGCCUCCGCCGCUAUAUCUUAAGCUAGCCGAUUUAAUAAAGAGAUUUUGGGAUAGAAGAAAUUGUAAUGCAGCUGUGUUCCCGCUCACAGAGAGUCAAUCCGCCGUCCGGUUCCGGGAUCACCGUCCAUUGCCGGAGAAUUACGUAAAGUCGUUCAUCACAUUGCUGUUUAUUCCUUUCGUUUUCCACUGAUUCUAUAAGUAUUCUGCGAUGGCUUCGGCGCUUGGAUGCUGUUCUCUCAAGGCUACGCAUCGAGGAGGGACACCAAAAUGGAGGUCUCCUAGAGCAGCUGUGAUUCCCAACUUUCAUCUCCCAAUGCGUAGUUAUGAAGUUAAAAACAGGACUAAUGUUGAUGACAUAAAGUCUCUUAGAUUGAUAACCGCCAUCAAGACCCCUUAUUUACCAGACGGCAGAUUUGAUCUAGAGGCCUAUGAUGCCUUAGUGAACAUGCAGAUUGAAGAUGGUGUUGAGGGUGUAAUUGUCGGCGGCACCACUGGUGAAGGCCAGUUGAUGAGCUGGGAUGAACACAUUAUGCUAAUUGGUCACACUGUCAACUGUUUCGGAGGAUCCAUCAAAGUUAUUGGCAACACCGGAAGCAACUCAACCCGGGAAGCAAUUCAUGCAACCGAACAAGGCUUUGCUGUUGGAAUGCACGCGGCACUUCACAUUAAUCCUUACUACGGUAAGACCUCCUUAGACGGUUUGAUUUCUCACUUUGACAGCGUGCUUCCCAUGGGCCCUACAAUUAUCUACAACGUACCAUCACGGACCGGGCAAGAUAUUCCACAGGGUGUGGUCCAAAACAUAGCAAAAAGCCCCAACUUCGCCGGUGUCAAGGAAUGUGUUGGAAAUGAUAGGAUAGAGGAAUAUACACGCAAUGGACUAGUCGUGUGGAGCGGUAACGAUGAUCAAUGCCAUGAUUCAAGGUGGUUUCAUGGAGCUACUGGAGUAAUUUCAGUUGCCAGCAACUUGGUUCCCGGUCUAAUGAGAGAGCUGAUGUUCGGAGGAACAAAUUCAUCACUGAACUCAAAACUUCUUCCUCUAAUCGAUUGGCUCUUUCAAGAACCGAACCCUAUUGGCUUAAACACUGCUCUUGCUCAGCUUGGAGUCGUCCGGCCCAUUUUCCGCUUACCAUAUGUACCUCUUCCGUUGGCGAAAAGGGUGGAGUUCGUGAACAUAGUCAAGGAACUUGGAAGGGAGAAUUUUGUUGGGGAGAAGGAUGUUCAGGUGCUAGAAGACGACGACUUCAUUUUGAUUGGUCGGUAUUAGGUGCCAUAUUCGUCGUGCAAGAACUAGAAUUCAGUUUUGAACUAAAGAUGUUCUGUUCUGUUUGGUUCUUGGAACAAUAGUUGGCAUCUUUGUUUGCAGUUUAUAGAGGGGUAAAGCUAAAUAUCAGAACAAGUUCUUUGAUCGGCUUUCUGCUUAUUCAUGUCUUCGCUCCUCAUCCUCAGAUCUCUCCGUCUCAGGUUACAAUAAUGUAGCUUUGACUUUGUAACUUGUAAUUUGAGAUUUCAUAUGUAGGUGCCAUGCCCAAUGUGAUUGCCUUGCCUAUUUGAGGUUGUUGUAGCUACAUGAUUAGUGUAUCCAAUAAUAUGAUGGUGGAUCUACUCAUCAAUUAUAGGGAUGACAAAUGGAUCGGAUUUUCCUAUUUCAGACAGAUAUUGAAACUACAAAAGGGGUUUUGAGUUGA